AUGACGUUGGUGUCGGUGGAAGUGGUGACGAUGGUGUUGAAGGAAGUGGUAACGUUGGUGUCGGUGGAAGUGAUGACGUUGAUGUCGGUGGAAGUAGUGACGUUGGUGUCGGUGGAAGUUCAGGGUGGAAGUGAUGACGUUGGUGUUGAAGGAAGUGGUAACGUUGGUGUCGGUGUAAGUGAUGACGUUGGUGUCGGUGGAAGUGGUGACGUUGGUGUUGAAGGAAGUGGUAACGUUGGUGUCGGUGGAAGUGGUGACGUUGGUGUCGGUGGAAGUGGUGACGUUGGUGUCGGUGGAAGUGGUGACGUUGGUGUUGAAGGAAGGGGUAACGUUGGUGUCGGUGGAAGUGAUGACGUUGGUGUUGAAGGAAGUGGUGACGUUGGUGUCGGUGGAAGUGAUGACGUUGGUGUCGGUUGA